AUGGCGCAGAGGAUAGGACAGGAGGACCCUGAGAGAUAUCUCUUUGUGGACAGGGCAGUAAUCUACAACCCUGCUACACAGGCUGACUGGACUGCUAAAAAACUUGUAUGGAUUCCUUCAGAACGUCAUGGCUUUGAAGCUGCAAGCAUCAAAGAGGAGAGGGGAGAUGAAGUGCUGGUUGAACUGGCUGAGAAUGGGAAGAAAGCGGUUGUCAACAAAGAUGACAUUCAGAAGAUGAACCCUCCCAAAUUUUCUAAAGUGGAAGACAUGGCAGAAUUAACCUGCUUAAAUGAGGCCUCUGUUCUACAUAAUUUGAAGGAUCGAUACUAUUCUGGGCUCAUUUAUACAUACUCCGGGCUCUUCUGUGUAGUCAUAAAUCCUUACAAGAACCUCCCAAUUUACUCUGAGAACAUCAUUGAAAUGUACAGGGGAAAGAAACGCCAUGAGAUGCCUCCACAUAUUUAUGCAAUAUCCGAAUCAGCAUAUCGAUGCAUGUUGCAAGAUCGUGAGGACCAAUCAAUUCUUUGCACAGGUGAAUCAGGUGCUGGGAAAACAGAGAACACCAAGAAAGUCAUUCAGUAUCUUGCACAUGUUGCUUCCUCUCAUAAAGGAAGAAAGGACCACAAUAUUCCUCCCGAGUCACCUAAGCCAGUGAAGCACCAGAGUGGAUCCCUGUUGUAUGGUGAACUGGAACGUCAGCUUCUACAGGCCAAUCCCAUUUUGGAAUCCUUUGGGAAUGCAAAGACUGUGAAAAAUGAUAAUUCCUCUCGUUUUGGCAAGUUCAUCAGAAUAAAUUUUGAUGUUACUGGUUAUAUUGUUGGGGCCAACAUUGAAACAUACCUGCUAGAAAAGUCACGUGCUGUCCGUCAAGCCAAAGAUGAGCGGACUUUUCAUAUCUUCUAUCAGCUUCUAUCCGGGGCAGGUGAACACUUGAAAGCUGAUUUACUCCUUGAAGGGUUUAAUAACUACAAAUUCCUGUCCAAUGGCUACGUGCCCAUUCCUGGCCAGCAAGAUAAGGAUAACUUUCAGGAGACAAUGGAAGCCAUGUAUAUCAUGGGGUUUUCUCAUGAUGAAAUCUUGGCUAUGUUGAAAGUGGUAUCCUCAGUACUGCAGUUUGGUAACAUUUCCUUCAAGAAAGAGCGAAACACCGACCAGGCAUCUAUGCCGGAAAAUACGGUUGCACAGAAACUCUGCCACCUGUUGGGGAUGAAUGUAAUGGAAUUUACUCGAGCAAUACUCACUCCACGCAUUAAAGUUGGCAGGGACUACGUCCAGAAAGCACAAACCAAAGAACAAGCAGACUUUGCUGUGGAGGCAUUGGCAAAAGCCACCUACGAACGCCUUUUCCGCUGGCUUGUUCACCGCAUUAACAAAGCCCUGGAUAGGACCAAGCGACAGGGAGCUUCUUUCAUUGGAAUCCUGGAUAUUGCUGGAUUUGAAAUCUUUGAGUUGAAUUCCUUUGAACAACUUUGCAUCAACUAUACCAAUGAGAAGCUGCAGCAGUUAUUCAACCACACCAUGUUUAUCUUGGAGCAGGAGGAGUAUCAGAGGGAGGGCAUAGAGUGGAACUUUAUUGACUUUGGACUGGAUCUGCAACCCUGUAUUGAUUUAAUCGAAAGACCUGCCAACCCCCCUGGUGUACUUGCUCUCCUGGAUGAAGAGUGCUGGUUCCCCAAAGCAACUGACAAGACAUUUGUGGAAAAACUGGUCCAGGAACAAGGAACCCAUUCCAAAUUCCAAAAGCCUCGGCAGCUGAAGGACAAGGCAGACUUCUGCAUCAUUCAUUAUGCAGGAAGGGUGGACUACAAGGCAGAUGAGUGGCUUAUGAAGAAUAUGGACCCUCUGAAUGACAAUGUGGCUACGCUUCUACACCAGUCUUCAGACAAAUUUGUGGCAGAGCUUUGGAAGGAUGUGGACCGCAUUGUGGGUCUGGAUCAAGUCACUGGGAUAACAGAGACCGCGUUUGGCUCGACUUACAAGACCAAGAAGGGCAUGUUCCGUACCGUGGGGCAGCUAUACAAGGAGUCCCUCACCAAACUGAUGGCCACGCUGCGAAAUACUAACCCAAACUUUGUCCGCUGCAUCAUUCCAAACCAUGAAAAGAGGGCUGGAAAGCUGGAUCCGCACCUCGUUCUAGAUCAGCUUCGCUGCAACGGUGUCUUGGAAGGAAUAAGGAUUUGUCGGCAAGGAUUUCCAAACAGGAUAGUGUUCCAAGAAUUUAGACAGAGAUAUGAGAUCCUGACUCCUAAUGCAAUUCCUAAGGGAUUUAUGGAUGGGAAGCAGGCUUGUGAACGCAUGAUCAGAGCAUUGGAGCUGGACCCCAACUUGUAUAGAAUUGGACAGAGCAAGAUUUUUUUCCGAGCUGGUGUUCUGGCACACCUAGAGGAAGAAAGGGAUCUGAAGAUCACAGACAUCAUCAUCUUCUUCCAGGCAGUCUGCAGGGGAUACCUUGCCAGAAAGGCUUUUGCUAAGAAACAGCAGCAGCUGAGUGCAUUGAAAGUCCUGCAGAGAAAUUGUGCUGCCUAUUUGAAGCUGCGGCAUUGGCAGUGGUGGAGAGUGUUCACAAAGGUGAAGCCCCUGCUUCAGGUUACUCGUCAGGAGGAAGAACUUCAGGCUAAGGAUGAGGAGCUUCUGAAGGUGAAGGAGAAACAGACAAAGGUGGAAGCAGAACUUGAGGAGAUGGAAAGGAAACACCAACAGCUGUUGGAAGAGAAAAAUAUUCUUGCAGAGCAGUUGCAAGCAGAGACAGAACUCUUCGCUGAAGCUGAAGAGAUGAGAGCCCGCCUGGCUUCAAAGAAGCAAGAGUUAGAAGAAAUUCUGCAUGAUUUGGAAUCCAGGGUGGAAGAGGAAGAAGAAAGGAACCAAGUGCUACAGAAUGAAAAGAAGAAAAUGCAGGCGCACAUACAGGACUUAGAGGAGCAGCUCGAUGAGGAAGAAGGUGCUCGGCAGAAGUUGCAGCUGGAGAAGGUAACAGCUGAAGCCAAAAUAAAAAAGAUGGAAGAAGAGAUCUUACUGUUAGAGGACCAAAAUUCCAAAUUUCUUAAGGAAAAGAAAUUAACGGAGGAUAGAAUUGCAGAGUGUACUUCACAGCUGGCUGAAGAAGAAGAAAAGGCCAAAAACUUAGCUAAACUCAAGAACAAGCAGGAAAUGAUGAUCACAGAUCUGGAAGAGCGCUUGAAAAAAGAAGAAAAGACUCGUCAAGAACUGGAAAAAGCUAAAAGGAAACUUGAUGGAGAAACAACUGAUCUACAGGACCAAAUAGCAGAGCUGCAAGCCCAGAUCGAGGAGCUAAAAAUCCAGCUUGCCAAGAAAGAAGAGGAGCUGCAGGCUGCUCUUGCCAGAGGGGAUGAGGAAGCUGUGCAGAAGAACAACGCGCUGAAAUUAAUACGAGAACUUCAAGCUCAAAUUGCAGAACUGCAGGAGGACCUUGAAUCGGAAAAGGCUUCACGAAACAAGGCCGAGAAGCAGAAGAGAGAUCUAAGUGAGGAGCUGGAGGCACUGAAGACUGAGCUGGAAGACACCUUGGAUACCACUGCGGCUCAGCAAGAGCUCAGGACAAAGCGUGAGCAGGAAGUUGCUGAACUGAAGAAAGCACUUGAAGAAGAAACAAAGAAUCACGAAGCCCAAAUUCAGGAUAUUAGGCAGAGGCAUGCAACAGCCUUGGAAGAGCUCUCGGAGCAGCUUGAACAGGCCAAACGAUUCAAAUCAAAUCUUGAAAAGAACAAGCAGUGCUUGGAAACGGAUAACAAGGAGCUGGCCUGCGAGGUGAAGGUGUUGCAGCAGGUUAGAUCUGAAUCGGAGCACAAGAGGAAGAAGCUGGAUGGGCAGGUACAGGAACUGCUGGCCAAGGUUGCAGAAGGAGACAGGCUGAGGACAGAACUUACAGAAAAAUCAAGCAAACUGCAGAAUGAGCUGGAGAGCGUCUCAAGUCUCCUGGAAGAAGCAGAGAAAAAAGGCAUUAAAUUUGCCAAAGAUGCUGCCAGUUUGGAGUCUCAGCUACAAGAUAUGCAGGAGCUGUUGCAAGAGGAGACUCGCCAGAAACUGAACUUGAGUAGCAGGAUUCGACAGUUGGAGGAAGAGAAGAACAAUCUGCAGGAGCAGCAGGAGGAAGAGGAGGAAGCCAGGAAGAAUUUGGAGAAACAGGUGUUGACUCUGCAGUCUCAGCUCGCUGAUGCCAAAAAGAAGGUUGAUGAUGACUUGGGGACUAUUGAAGGAUUGGAGGAGAACAAGAAGAAACUACUGAAGGACAUGGAAAUUCUGAGCCAGCGUCUUGAAGAAAAGGCAAUGGCGUAUGAUAAGUUGGAGAAGACCAAGAACCGUCUUCAGCAGGAGCUUGAUGACUUAAUAGUGGACCUUGAUCAUCAGCGCCAAAUUGUUUCCAACUUGGAGAAAAAGCAGAAGAAGUUUGAUCAGAUGCUGGCAGAAGAGAAGAACAUAUCUGCCCGCUAUGCAGAGGAAAGGGACCGUGCAGAGGCCGAGGCAAGAGAAAAAGAAACCAAAGCCCUCUCUCUAGCGCGAGCCCUGGAGGAAGCUUUGGAGGCCCGUGAAGAAUAUGAGAGGCAGAACAAGCAACUCCGGACAGAGAUGGAAGACUUAAUGAGUUCCAAAGAUGAUGUGGGCAAAAAUGUUCAUGAAUUGGAAAAAUCCAAGCGCACCUUGGAGCAACAAGUGGAGGAGAUGCGGACACAAUUGGAAGAGCUGGAGGAUGAGUUGCAAGCCACAGAAGAUGCCAAAUUGCGCCUGGAAGUGAACAUGCAAGCCAUGAAAGCACAGUUUGAGCGGGAUCUCCAGGCUAGAGAUGAGCAGAAUGAGGAGAAGAAGAGGCUCUUAGUAAAACAGGUCCGAGAGCUGGAAGCAGAAUUGGAAGAUGAGAGGAAGCAGCGUGCUUUGGCUGUGGCAUCCAAGAAGAAAAUGGAAGCAGAUCUGAAAGACCUAGAAGCUCAGAUAGAGGCUUCAAACAAAGCACGCGACGAAGCAAUCAAACAGUUGCGCAGGUUGCAGGCUCAGAUGAAAGAUUAUCAGCGUGAACUAGAAGAGGCCCGGGCAUCUAGAGAUGAAAUCUUUGCUCAGUCGAAGGAGAAUGAGAAAAAGCUCAAAAGCCUUGAAGCAGAAAUUCUUCAACUGCAAGAGGAACUUGCUGCCUCUGAAAGAUCCAGACGCCAUGCAGAGCAAGAGAGAGAUGAGCUGGCUGAUGAAAUUGCCAACAGUGCCUCUGGAAAAUCUGCCUUGCUUGACGAGAAGCGCCGCUUAGAAGCCCGAAUUGCACAGCUGGAGGAAGAACUAGAAGAAGAGCAGAGCAACAUGGAGCUCCUCAAUGAUCGUUUCCGCAAAACCACUCUGCAGGUUGACACCCUGAACUCUGAGCUGGCCGGAGAGCGGAGUGCUGCCCAGAAGAGUGAGAAUGCACGCCAGCAGCUGGAGCGGCACAACAAAGAGUUGAAAGCUAAGCUCCAGGAGCUGGAAGGUUCAGUGAAGUCCAAGUUCAAGGCAACCAUUUCAGCGCUGGAAGCAAAGAUUGGGCAGCUCGAAGAACAGCUGGAGCAAGAGGCAAAGGAGAGGGCAGCAGCCAACAAGCUAGUACGUCGGACAGAGAAGAAGCUGAAGGAGGUGUUCAUGCAAGUCGAGGAUGAGCGCCGACAUGCAGAUCAGUACAAAGAACAGAUGGAGAAGGCCAAUGCCAGGAUGAAGCAGCUCAAACGGCAGCUGGAAGAGGCAGAGGAGGAGGCAACACGUGCUAAUGCCUCACGCCGUAAGCUGCAGCGUGAACUGGAUGAUGCCACUGAAGCCAAUGAGGGUCUUACCAGGGAGGUCAGCACUCUGAAGAACAGGCUACGGAGGGGCGGGCCAAUCACAUUUUCCUCCAGCCGAUCCGGGAGGCGCCAACUGCACAUUGAAGGGGCUUCCCUGGAACUUUCGGAUGAUGAUGCAGAGAGUAAAGGCAGUGAUAUCAAUGAGCCGCAGGCUGCCCAAACAGAGUAGAGCCACCCCGGCCCACACCAUAUCUUACAGCGGGCAUUCCUGCCAAUGUGACUUUUGCUCCAUGCAUUUGGAAGAGGAGGAAGAAGAGGCCCUUACUGGCCACCAAAUUGCCUUGUGGCCCUAGACUUGCCUUAGGCAAAACUGGCACACUACCUGGUCAUGCAGGUCAGCCCCAGCAUACUGCUGCCUGGCUUUGCCAUGAUGUAGCCUGCUUUGGAUAUAGGUACCACUGCUUCUUUAGAAUGUAUUAAAAAUGUCUUCGUUCAGUGCUCUUUGUCUUCAAGGUAUCCAUUGUAAAGCCAUUUUCUAAGGCACUGGGUGAUAGGAUUAUCCCUCUGUCCCUUCUGAUACACCAUUCCCAAGCAAAGUUUCUGACACCUGCCUCUUCCCCUUUUCUAUGCAUGUUUAGCUGUAUAGCAAUCACUUGCAUUUCUUUUGGCCUCCAAAGUUCUGCUUAUGUACCAGCCCUGACUGCGCCUUUUUCCUGAUCAUUUUAUGAUAGAUUUAGGUCAUUGACUGUGAAAACGCCCUGAGGGGCUUCAGGGGGUAACGUACAGCUGAGAGUAGCAUCUCUACUUACUAGCCAGCAGUUGGUGCUACAUAAUGAGAACUCUUCAACCGUGGGACCUCCAAAUUGGGUUGGUGCUAUGUCCUGGCAGAUUAGAGACCAAAUAAGAUACUAACCACUUUCUUCAGUACAGUACUAUUAAUAGUGCUCAGUGCAAAUUGGAUAGUCUCAGUCUGGGAAUUGGAUUACCCCCCGCAGCUACCCAGCAACUGCUUCCUUGCUGGGGGUAGAAGUGUUAAGAUUAGAGCCGAAGCUCUUGCCAGCUAUCUUGAUGCCCAACAUCAGUGUGUCUGCCAGAGGAUAGCACGAGGACAUUGCCUGUAAAUGGAUACAGCCUGUGGAACUGCUCUCUCCCUUUCUUCAGCUUUCAUUUGGACAGUGUUAACUGCACCUAGCUUAGCAUCAUUAUUGUUUCAUAGCUGUGAACUGACAUUUACAGAAAGUGCCUUAGACACUACAGUACUAAGACAAUGUUACAUAUAUAAUUUGCCUAUAACAAUGAUUUAAUGUAUUAAUUUUAUCAUAUCAUGUUACAUACACAUCUUCUCUAGUCCAAGUGGUAUUGAUAUUCAGUGAUGAGGAAUCAGUGUUAACUAUGAAAUCUUGAUCUGUUGCAACAUGCUUGAAAAAAAUACUUUUCUUUGGUUACAAGCUUUAACAUCCGUUAUAAAGCUUUUGUUUCUGUGCAUUUGGGUAUUUCUUAAUCAUAACUGGCUGUUGACCACCAGGCAUCUGACUGCAAAUACCUUGUUUCUUUGUAUCUCCAUAUUUCUAGACAAUGAUUUUUGUAAGACAAUAAAUUUAUUCAUUCUAGAGACUCA